AUGGAACUGGACGAUGAAAUAAAAUCGGGUUGCUUAUUAUUUCCCCCGGCCGGGGGAAAUGUAUUUAGCAAAUUUCCUAAAAAGAAAAAUUGGCAGCAAAAAUACUGCAUCCUAUUCAAUGCAAGCAAACAGGGCAUUGAGAGAUUAGAAAUUUAUGACAACAAGGAUGAAGUGACUUCGGGUGCCAUUCCCAAAAUUAUUACUUUAGAAAAUUGUAUUAAAAUAACACAUGCUAGUCCAAACACAAUUACUAUUUUCACCAAAUCACUGACACAGCAGAUAUGUGCUCAAUCUGAACCAGAAACUUUAGAAUGGGUUACUGCACUUCAGUCUGUUGCUUUUAGAGGGGUAUCAUCUAGUCCCAUCAGUUGUGAUGAAGACAAUGACCUCUAUUGUACCUCAGGUGAAGGUGUCUUCUCAGUAAAAAUGUGUUCAUCAGAAGCAUCAAUCAGAUGUGGCUUUGAACCUAUUAGAUAUAUCUUGCUGCUAACAACAACCGCUAUCGAAUUGAGAGAUAUUAAUGACAAUAAGUUGUAUGCUACUUGGCCAUAUAGAUAUAUAAGACGCUAUGGUUAUAGACAGGGUAAAUUUACAUUUGAGGCGGGGAGGAAGUGUGAUACUGGGGAAGGUAUAUUUCACUUAGAACAUCCUAACCAAUCAGAAAUAUUUAAAUGUUUAUCUCUGAAGAUGAAAACAAUGAAGCAGAUGAUUGGCAGUGACAAUUUACAUAGCCCUGAUCAUUCUGAAUUUAAUAUACAGCCAAGUGUUAACUUAUUUCCUGGUUCUAGAAGUCCACUAGUGGCAGCCAGGCCUGAUGACUUAAAUUUGAGCUCUCUUUCAUUUAAAAGUACUUCAAUUUCAAGUCAGCAGACAUCUAGUACUGAAAGAGAUACUGCACCUCUUUUAAUGCCUAAACCAGCACUUAAACCGAAACCCCAAAAACCUCCCCGUAAAAUAAUGAAUAUGCCAAAAGUGAAAGAUGUAACAAGUUCUACUGACGAAAGUAUUGAUUUUGGUAGGUACAAGAAACUUGAUAAUUACGAACCAAUUGAUCAAAUAAAGAAGGAAACAUCUCCAUUAGUGCCAUAUGAUAAAGUAGAAGUAAGAAGUGAAGCAUGGAAAACAUUGGGUAUAGAUGAUCCUGAUCACACUGAAUUUACUCCUAACUUAGCUGACAGUCCCAAUUGUAUGAAGUUAAUUUCAAGAUCACAGGAUAAUUUAAAUACAUCAGGACCGGAGUCUUCCAGAAUUAUUCUACUGCCUAGUCCUGUUGUUGAUCCAGAAGAUGAAAACUAUGAUAGAUUACAGUACUUUGGCUCAACAAGUAAAUUAAAUAGAUCAUCUAGAUACAAAAAGAUUGAGGCUAGACCUACAACAUUGGCUCUAUUGGAUUCUAAGAAUAAAGACACAUGGAAUGACUAUGAUGAAGUGGAGAAUGUCAUGCAAACAGCAAGACUAGCUGAUGACUCCCAUUUAGGCUAUGGGAUGAUACGGAAACCAAACACACCCGGUCCGCAAGUGCCUACUGCGGCCCAAGCCCAAGUUCUUCAAAAUCAAGUAGGUCUAGAGGAUGUCACACAUAAUAACUGUAAUGGUACAGAUUAUGCAAUUGUCAGCCGACCUAAAAGAGUUUAA